AUGGCGCCUUCAAUAAUAGACUCAUUUUCAGACCACCGAGCCCAGCUGGUGGCGACAGGCGUCAUCUCUAGUGCUGUUGCACUCUCACUUCUUCUGGGAUAUCAGAACUUUGAGAGGAAGGAGAAGCUAUCGGCACUUAAGGACUCGAUACCAUCUCUCGAGGAGGAACAUGGAACCCGGCAGCUCAACAGCUUUGGGGCGACGGCGUCGGCAGCCGACAUCGAGGAUGCCAGGAACCAAGCGCUAGCCCGUCGGGCGCAGGCCGGUGACUUCGAGGAGGAGCUCAUCACGGAGCAGCUGGCACGCAACCGCGUAUUCCUGGGCGACGACGGACUAUCUAAGCUACGGGACUCGGUUGUGGUGGUGGUCGGGUGCGGCGGUGUGGGGUCCCACUGCGCGGCGUCGCUGGCCCGCUCGGGCGUGACAAGGCUGCGGCUCGUCGACUUUGACCAGGUCACGCUGAGCUCCCUGAACCGGCAUGCGGUAGCGACGCUGGCGGACGUGGGCAUCCCCAAGGUGCGGUGCCUGGAGAGGCGGCUGGUGGCGAUCGCGCCGUGGGUGCGGUUCGACCUGCGGCAGCAGAAAUUUGACGAGCACUCGGCCGAGGCGAUGCUGGGGGCGUGGGAUCUCGCGGGCGACGACGGCCACCACGGCCGGCGGCCCGACUUCAUCGUCGACGCCAUCGACAACAUCGAGACCAAGGUGGAACUCCUGAAACUGUGUCACGAGAAGGAGCUGCCGGUCAUCAGCUCGAUGGGGGCUGGGUGCAAGUCGGACCCGACGCGCAUCGUCGUGGGGGACAUUGCCUCGACGACGGACGACGGGCUCUCGCGGGCGACGCGGCGGCGGCUCAAGCUCCGGGGCAUCACGCGCGGCAUCCCGACGGUGUACUCGACGGAGAAGAGUGGGGAGGGCAAGGCGGAGCUGCUUCCGCUGCCGGAGGACGAGUUCCACAAGGGGUCGGUGGGCGACCUGGGCCCGAUGCCCUAUUUCCGCGUGCGUAUCCUCCCGGUGCUAGGCACCAUGCCGGCCAUCUUCGGCCUCACCAUUGCCAAUCACGUGAUCCUCAGCAUCGCGGGCUACCCGCUCGACUACCGCCCGGCCAAGGGCCGCGAGAAGAUGUACGAGGGCAUCCUGAACUACGUACAGGGCAGCGAGGAGAAGAUUGCGCGGUCCUUCCACCCGGGCCUCGUCGGCCUCAAGGUGGCACUGACGACGGACGACGUCGCCUUCCUCGCCGACGACUUCUACCGCUCCCGAAGCGUGCUCUCGUCCAUACCUACGCGCAUCGUCCUGAUACGCUGGCGGAAGCCCGCCGAGUCCACCGUCGACGUCAUCGGCGAGGGCACGCCGGACGUCCAGAGGUGCGCCAACCUGCGCUUCAGCGAUCUAGUCUGUAUGACGAAGGAGGAAGCCGUUCGGCACGACAGGGAGGUCCUCGGGGCGGGCAAGCCGCUGGACGAGAUCUACGAUGCGGACACCAUCCGUCGUGUAGACGAGCAGCGCGUCGAGUUAGACAGGUAUUAUGAGAUGUACAGGAGGUGA